CUUGGAUAUCGUAGGUAUUUUUGGCUAUACACCAAGACACUCUACCUUCACCACCACUAUCUCUCCACCGCUCAUCCUCCCUUCUCUCCCACUCCAUCCUCGACGUAUUCGAUUCUACGCGAAUACUGUCUGCUUGUUCACUUGUCUACUAAUCUUCUUACACUAACCUGCAGCACAAGAUCAAGAUGGCUCCAGGAAAGCAGGGCGCUGUCGCCGUCGACUUGAACGCGAUGCUCACCAAAGGUGAACACCACUAUCCAGCGCGCAUCAUGAGACAGAACUCAGAAACUUUGCGCAAGAUACUGAUACCUUGAUAGAUCGUCAACGCCGCAAGAAUGAGGCUCUGGCUGCGGAAGUAUUUGGGAAAGGUCGCAGAGCAUCUGCGCCGGGAGCUGGUAUGAUCAGUCGCAAGCCAGCUGGAAACACCGUACCAUCCCUCGCAAGCAGAAUCGGCGCCGCAAAGGUAUAAUAUGGAAUACCUCCCCCCUUGAGGGGCAGUCUCUAAUAUACAACAGCCAUCAAGAUCCCCUUCCACUUCCUUGUCGUCGAGAAUCCAGAAGCCUUCCUCCAGACCAGUUCUAAAACCGAUGGUCUCGAAACCUGCUGGAGAUGUCAAUGCCGAAUGGACACACGAUCUUCACAACCUCAACAGCCCACAGGAUCCUGCGGUUCCGCGUGGCCCAAGAGCAGCGCGUCUUCAGCGUGGUAACCGCCAGCAACAGCUUCACCGUGCGCUCAACGGCUCAGCUUCGUCGCCCGCGCUGAAUAGUCAAUUCAACAUUAUCGGUAGCUCAAACCCAGGCAUUUCUAUUCGAGGAGUGGCAGGACCGUAUAUUAUUGUUGCGAAGCAUCUUGCGAUGGGUACCACAGUUGCAGAUAUUGAGGCUGCGAUGCUUCCAAUUGGUGGCCAGGCUAUCUCAUGCGUUCUUAUAGCCGAGAAGCCAAAAGUUAUUGCGGAGGUUGAGUUUGAGACUAAGGAAGGCGCUGAUAAUGUCGUUGACACUCUAAACAACCAAACUGUAAGGCUCUCCUACCAUUGGAUAUCGAUUGCACGCUGACUUUCCCUAUCAGGCUGAUGGCAAUAUUCUCCACGUCUACCACAAAAUCGGCGCUACGGCUUCUAGACCUGCUCAAAAUACCACCAACGUUCCUUUGGGCCCACGAGCCGAUACCGCAAGAUACCCCAAUGAAGCUCGCCCUACAGCCGAACGAUACAACCCUAGAGAAAUUGCCAAGACCCGCCGUGAGGAGGUUAUUGAUGGCUCAUACGGAUUUGACGCAAUGGACACUGAUGACAACCAGUCAAGCGGCCGACUCUAUAGCGAUAGCAUGGUGGGAGGCCGAGGACGUGAUCGAGGACGUGGGGACAACCGGGGACGAGGCAAUAAUGGAGGUCGAGGAUACAACAACAGAUGAAGUUAAUGCCUUUGGUGUCACAUUUGAAGCUUGUUACGACACUAUAUACCCCACCGGCUCAAUCAACCUCUUGUUAAUCCUGCAAAUCUUACUGAAUCAGUAUGGAAACUCCACGAACCAACCAGAAAAAGUUCGGGAAAUAUAACUAUAUUUUCCCCCUGGCGGGAUAGAUCUGAUUGCAUACUGGUGAUGCGCCUUAGAGAAUAAGAAAAGGGGGAAACACGAGCCAUAAUUCUGUACGAGUAAAACGAAGAACGUAAAAUGAAAUGUGUAUUAUUAAAAUGUUGUCUUUU